AUGCCUGGGUCAAGACGUGCAACGACAUCCGCAGAGCAAUGGGACAGCCUGAGAGAGCAGAUCUUGAAGCUUUACACGACGAAGACCCUGGACGAAGUCAUACAAGUACUAAAAGACGAACACCAUUUCUCAGUGACUAAGAGGCAGCUCGUCUACAGACUGAGCAAUUGGGGAUGUGCCAAGUAUGGAAAAGCUCGCGAAGGCAUCCCAGCUGACAAGACUGGUGAAGAAACAAAAGAAACCACGUACACCGACUCAAACGACCCAGAAACACAUCUGGAGACAGUGCCGUCUUCAGGUGUACGAUUUGCCCCAAAGUCGGAUCAUCCGAGCGACGCGUUGAAGUACCGCGAGAUCACUCAGCUUCUCGUUCAGUACAUCCACGAAUCAAUGAUAUCAGGUUCCGUAUUUGUCGAUCUUGCAGACCAUAUCAGCCGAGGACACCGUCUUUUCAAAUGGGCCACUGAAACCGAUCGAAUAAUCGAUACCAUUCGCCUCAGCCACGGCUACGACUCUGCAGUAUUACUUAAGCCGUUCCGGGACAAGCUGGAAGCUCUUGAUGAACUCAUCGUGGAUGAGUACCCUCAUCUGCUGAGCACACUCCUCGUCGUCUGGAAGAACACUACACAAAUUACCGACAACGCCGCCAGCAGUUAUUUCAUCAGCAAGGUCCACAACCUUUGCCAAAGACUCCUGGGACGCCAGCAUGUGAUAUCUGAGAUCUUUGGGUGCCUGAGACAUGGAUCUUUCGAUCCAGCUUCGUGCCUAGAGCGUCUUGAAGUCCUUCCAUCGGAGCUCUAUGCUCACAGGUCCCAAGCUCUUGUGCCAAGCUUCGAGAAAUAUGAAACCAGCGACUACCAUACUGCAUCCUCACUAUACUCGGCUACGGACAGAAAUAGGGGUCAUCGUCCUGGUGGUACCCAUCCUGGUUUAAUACCUAGUAGUAUAUUCCUCGUUCAACGCAGCAAAGAAGACAAUAAGAAAUAUCCAUGGCCGCAGUCCUGGACAGGGGGAUGGACUAAAGCAGCCCAUGAAGAGCCUCUCACAAACAAAUUGGCCGGCGUUGGAACGCAUCUCAAUCUGUCGGCGCGGCCUCUCGUUGCCAAAAGACCUCCAUCGAGCAUUCCUGAACGCCUUCAAUCGGCCAAAGAUAAUCCCGAUCUGCUCGCUGUUGGUUCUCAGUACUCACUUGCAGCACACGCAGAUAGAAUACGCACAGGAAAUUGGAAAGAAGAGUGGAGCGCAGCAGCCAACACUCCUCCAUCAGAGAACCCAAACACCCCAACCCAGGUUGACGUUGAUACACGGAUGGUUGAGGAUGAACAAUCGAUGUCCAACGACGAGGAAUCCGAUGUUUCGAGCACGUCGACGGCGAAUGAAGGUCAACGAGUACGAGCUGUGGAGGAGGAGAAGCGCAGGACGGUUCAGAUGGUAAUGGAUGUGUUUCUCCGCGAUUUAGACAGGUAUUUGGAGGAGAUCACAGGCAGCCUCCUGGACGUCAAACUGGAGGAUGAAAGCGAAACGAGACAAGUUCCAUUGCAAGCUGAGGGCUCGACUGCACGCACAGAGAAUCGAACGACUCGAAAACGACCAAAGUUGUGCGGUGAGGGGGGGAGUGGCGAUAAACGGAAAGAAAAGGAUCGUGCUAGGGACGAAGACCAAGGCAACGAAAGCGAUGAAGGCGAGGACGACGGCGAGAGACCCCGCAGAGUGCCAGACAUGAAAAGUGCGCCCAAGGGUGUGUUGCUCGCAUGCCCCUUCUUCAAGUGGAACCCUCUUGGUUACCAGAGGAAAAAGGAAUGUGCAGGUCCUGGGUGGCCUACAGUUCAUCGCCUGAAAGUUGCUCAGCUUUGCGAGAUCAACACCGAAGCGGACCUGAGCGGAGAGUUUAAAUUUGGACCCGACAUUGAGCGUCUCCUUAGGGUCAGAUCCUCACCGAAACUAGCUGUGGAAGAGAAGUGGAAGCAAGUAUACAAGAUUCUUUUUGAUGUAAGGGAAGAUGAAAUUCCCACACCUUAUUAUGAUUAUGGCAUCUCGGUACUUGAUCGAGAAGAGACUUUAAUGGAAUUUGCGCGCCGUGACAUCGUGAUUCGCGUUCGGCAGCACAUCGAAGCUGAGGUUGAGCAAAGAUUUGCGGAUGUGGCACCAGAGCUUAUAGCCGAGCUGAGGGAUAUCGUCCGCGGUGUGUGGCCCUCACUGAUGCAAGACUUCUAUAGGGGCCAGGAGCAAACUAGCACCAUCGACCGAGAAGAGGCCCUUAUGAGACCGCCUCCGCCACAGGUUCUCAAUGAAUUCUCGACAAAUACAGUUCGAACACGGGGCAACGACGAGGGAGGGAUGGCUGUGGUCCCAGGAGACGUUCCUAGUACGGAUAACAACUUGACGGGAACCUUUCCCCUCGACUAUUCGCAGCAGGAAUCUUAUCCUGCCUGGACGGAAGCGAGUGGCAUGAGCACGCUGAAUCACGAAAUAGCGGAAGGAGAGCAACUUUUCGACUCCGCACUGUUGGGUGAUGACUUUGACUUCGAAUUUCUCAAUGAUGACGGAGGCAACGGCGCGCUCUGA